CCCGGGAGCGGCUCCUCGUAGAGGUGCGAGGAGCCUGCCUUGUGCCGUCCCGGCGCCGCGACCGUCCACCGACCGUCCCGCUUCUUCCUGAUGCUUGCUGCCGUCCACUAGAGGCUGGACAGGACCCCAGAGAGAGAGAAAAAAAGAAGCAUAAUUCAGCCAUUUUUUGCAGCACACAGCUGCAGGUGAUUCAUGGCAGGGGACGUGGAAGGAUUCUCUUCCUCCAUUCAUGACACCAGUGUCUCUGCUGGAUUCAGAGCACUGUACGAGGAAGGAUUGCUUCUUGAUGUUACUCUGGUCAUUGAAGAUCAUCAGUUCCAGGCCCAUAAAGCACUCCUGGCCACCCAGAGUGAUUACUUCAGGAUAAUGUUUACUGCUGACAUGAGGGAGCGAGAUCAGGACAAAAUUCAUUUAAAAGGUCUUACUGCUACAGGUUUCAGCCAUGUUCUGCAGUUUAUGUACUAUGGAACCAUAGAACUGAGUAUGAAUACUGUUCAUGAGAUUCUUCAGGCUGCCAUGUAUGUCCAACUUAUAGAAGUGGUGAAGUUCUGCUGCUCUUUUCUAUUAGCGAAAAUCUGCUUAGAAAAUUGCGCAGAAAUUAUGAGACUCUUAGAUGAUUUCGGUGUAAACAUCGAGGGAGUCAGGGAGAAGCUGGACGCCUUUCUGCUAGACAACUUUGUGCCACUCAUGUCCAGGCCUGACUUCCUGUCUUAUCUAAGCUUUGAGAAGCUCAUGUCUUAUUUGGAUAAUGAUCAUCUGAGCAGGUUCCCAGAGAUAGAGCUGUACGAGGCUGUGCAGUCUUGGCUGCGGCAUGAUAGAAGACGCUGGAGACAUACCGAUACCAUCAUUCAGAACAUCAGGUUUUGUUUGAUGACACCAUCCAGUGUUUUUGAGAAGGUUAAGACAUCAGAAUUUUAUAGAUACUCCCGACAGCUGCGGUUUGAAGUUGACCAAGCGUUGAAUUACUUUCAGAAUGUUCACCAGCAACCUUUGAUGGAAACAAAAUCUAGCCGUAUCCGUUCUGCCAAACCCCAAACUACAGUAUUCCGAGGAAUGAUUGGACAUAGCAUGGUAAACAGCAAAAUACUACUCUUAAAGAAACCAAGAGUCUGGUGGGAGCUGGAGGGCCCGCAAGUACCCCUACGACCAGACUGCCUGGCUAUUGUCAAUAACUUUGUCUUUCUGUUGGGCGGGGAGGAACUGGGGCCAGAUGGUGAAUUCCAUGCUUCUUCGAAAGUUUUCAGGUAUGACCCAAGACAAAACUCUUGGCUACGAAUGGCAGACAUGUCUGUGCCACGUUCCGAAUUUGCAGUUGGCGUUAUUGGAAAGUUCAUUUACGCUGUUGCAGGAAGAACCAGGGAUGAGACCUUCUAUUCAACCGAGAGAUAUGACAUCACUAGUGACAAGUGGGAAUUCGUGGAUCCUUAUCCUGUCAACAAAUAUGGACAUGAGGGGACAGUGCUCAAUAACAAGCUGUUUAUCACUGGUGGAAUCACCUCAUCUUCCACUUCCAAACAAGUGUGUGUGUUUGACCCCAGUAAGGAAGGGACUGUGGAGCAACGGACCAGGAGAACUCAAGUAGUUACCAACUGUUGGGAGAACAAGAGCAAAAUGAAUUACGCAAGAUGCUUUCACAAGAUGAUUUCUUACAAUGGCAAGCUUUAUGUCUUUGGUGGUGUCUGUGUGAUCUUGAGGGCCUCUUUUGAAUCUCAGGGAUGCCCUUCUACAGAGAUGUACAAUCCAGAGACUGAUCAGUGGACCAUCUUGGCAUCCAUGCCUAUCGGUAGAAGCGGCCAUGGUGUGACUGUGCUGGACAGACAAAUAAUGGUUCUUGGAGGCCUUUGUUAUAAUGGCCAUUACAGCGAUUCCAUUCUCACUUUUGAUCCUGAAGAAAAUAAAUGGAAGGAAGAUGAGUACCCUCGGAUGCCCUGCAAGCUGGAUGGUUUACAAGUAUGCAACCUGCAUUUUCCUGAAUAUGUACUGGACGAGGUUAGACGUUGCAACUGAGGACACUUUCCUUGCUAAAAAAGGCAAAUAAAGCAUCUGCUUGUGAUAUCGUGGUUAACUUAAAAACAUAAAGAAAAGCCUCACCAGUUUUACUAUCAAAGCCAUUGGUCUGAUAUUGUAGGAAGUUUUCAUUUUAUGCUAGCAUCCUUUUCUCCCUCCCUUUUUUUCUUUUGUAGUGGCCUCCAACUCAUGCAAUAAGUUAAUUCUACGUGCUAGCUCUUGAAACUACUUCCAGAAGCAGUUUAAUAGAAUGAUCCACUUAUCUGGGAAGUUGAUUUUAUGCUUUAAACAUUUCUUCAAGAUGUCAGUGUAGGACUCAUGAAUCUUCUAAGAAAAGACCUGAUAAGUGUUACUGGAUGUGAUUUCAGUUUCCAUCUCUAUCUGAAAUCUUUUUGGACAUUUAUUUCAGUGUUUUUCAGUCUAUUAGACUUUUUGGUUUUAUUAUUUAGAAGUUUAAAACUCUUGACCUUUUUUGCAUGGCUUUUUGCUGAAAAUGCAAAAAUAUAAAUUUUCUACUAAAUUAACUUUUAUAUUCAAAACACUAUUUCUAAGCUGCCUUCUCUUAUCCGCAUUGUGUUAGUGAAAAUAUAUCCAUACUUGCAUACAUCCUAUAAAUAUAUAAGGCACAUCCCCUUUUAUGUGUUGUUAGGAUUCUAUAUUUUUAAGCUAGUGCACUUGCACACACAGUUCGCCAUACUUGUUGAAUUUUAGAUGUAACAUCUUUUCAUGUAUUAAUAUUUUUAGAAAGUUAAAAUGACUGGAGUCCUCAUUUGGUAUCAAAGUAGCGUAUCUUCAGUCCAUACUGAUUCAGUGGUAUUUCGAUUAUCUUUAUAUUCCUGAAACAUGUAUGGAUUUAAGAAAACUAACAUUUUAUAUUUUUAUUUUCAAAAGUAAGCAUUAAUGUUUCUUAUCGAUGUUAUGUCUUUUCCUUUUUAAAAUGUUUUUCAUUGCAGUCUGUUUAAUGUCGCCCUGUUUUUAGCGAGAAUUGGAGUGGCAUAUGACAAGCCCUGACCCUGCAGCAUGCAAGCACUUUUAAAGAGAAUUUAGGUAAUAUCAGACUCCUAAAUAAAGACCCCCUUAAAAGUAAGUGCAACUCCCAUUCUUUGCAUUAAAUAAGGCUGCUGCAUCUGUUAGUGAAUGGAAGGUAGCAAUCCUUAGAAAAUUUGAGCUCAGUUUUUGACUUAGAGGUAAGGAAAAGAAUUUUAAUCCUACUGGUCAUAUCUACUUGUUUAUUCAGUACAGAAUAACCAGUGGCAUUGGGUAUGUAAGCCGUCAGCUUUUGUUUUACUUACCAAAAGCUACUAGCAUGAAGGAAACUAACCCCAAAGUACAGAUGGAUCAAGAAUAGUCAUUUAAAAGCAUUUAUAGUGUUUUAGGAUUAACGGCACCUUUCAGCUCUUUGAACUCAAAGUCAAAAGUAUAGUUGACAAAAUUAAGUAAUAAAUGGGGAGCAGAUCAUUCGCAUUGAUGCCAUUUUCUCCUCAGUAGAGGCUGUCUGAUACAGACUAGACCUAAACUGGCAGAACUUGCCAGAUCUUAGGAUAUUGGUGCAAUAUUGCAAUGCCUUCUAUAUGGCUGUUGUAUAAAUUUUCUAGUUUCACUUUUUUUUUUUUGCUGCUGCCACCACUGAACUGAACAUAAAAUGGAAAAGUGAAGUCAUGGAAAUGUGAACUUUUUUUUUCAAUUCAAUUAGUAUUAUGAAGUUAAAUCUGAUUUUAAAACUCCAAAGCUGAAGACAUUGGAGUUAAGAAACAGUCAGGUGCACAACCAGGUUUUGAAAAAGAAAAAAAAUGGCAUUGGUUUUAGAAAUCAAUAAUUAUAUUCUUUUUUUAUAAGCAACUUAAUUUUCAUUAAGUGGACCCAUCAUCUACUUUCAGUUUCUAAAAAUAAAAUUUGAUAUUUUGUUUCCCAGGGUAAUAUGGAUAAAAGUCUUUUCUACAUUUUAAAAAUAUCUUUAUUUUACUUUUGAAAACUAGGAAUCAGGUUAGCCAUUUGUGUUUUUUAAUGUAUUAGUUGAUUUGGUGUUUAUGCUGUUUUGCUUUAGAGAAAAUAGCAUCUUCAUUAUUUUCCUGUUUGACGUCUUUUACAGGAAAAGACUGAAAGAUUCAUUCAACAGGGUACCCAUAAUCAAAGGCUUUUACACUCCAGUGGUGGUUCUCUUUUAAUGCUAAAAUGACUUCAUGGUCCUGGUUAGGAUAAUAUCUGGGCAAACAAUUGAAUAUUCUUGGUCUUACAUUUUAAAGAUACAAGGCCAAGGUCAAAGUUCAAUUUUUGUAAACUUUUGUGAAAUCUUAACUUGAACUAACUCUGGGUUCAGCUUCACGUAAGUCAUAUCUGACCUGAUGUUAGCUGUAAUCAGUUUUGAGCUUUAAGAAUAGUUGCUAUUUGCUUGGGUUCUGAAUGUAUGAGAAAACUCUUCUGUUUAUACAUAGUUCUAAUAUAGGUUAUUUUAAAUCCAUGAUUAACUUACAUUCCCUUUUAAAAUUAUGGUUUAAUUGCUAAAAGAGAUUUAUUUUUGUUAUACUAAACUAUGGAAAAUUUUUUCAUAGAAUUUUUUUCAAGUUUAUUUUUUGUGUGCUUUAUUUGGCACCAUUUUUGUUUUAUACAAUGUAUGUGCUCAAAAUAGUUUUUAAAAAAUUCAGUAGGAGAUUUGAAACUAUACAGUAUAACUGCUCUGAUCUUUAUAUGUGUUAAUUUUUGCUUUACAUUUUUAAAUGCCAGAUUUUACAAAAAUAACUGAUCUUCAUUAAUGGCAUCUUAAUUGGAAAUGUUUGUUCUGUUUCCUUCCAUGUCUUUGACCAUCUAAAUUUUUAUUUGAAUCUACUUAAAGAAAAUCCUUGCACUACAACCUUUUCAUAAAUUCUCACAUCGAAGUUUGUAUUGGAAGAAAUACUACUGGUUUUUUUAAAAGCAAAGCUUAAUUAAUAGAAAUAUUAGUUUUUUUUGACACAGCUUUCUCUGUAUCCUCAUUAUUCUGCUCUGAGUGUUACUAUAAUAAUUUGUGAACUAUUGACUGAGCCCUUCAUUUAUCCUUUCUAAAGCAGCACCUUUGGACACCUCAUUUCGGGAAGCCUGCUCAAGUCAUAGUAAAGGACACACAUAGAUGUGUGUGGGAGAAGUGGUAAAAAUGGAGAGUUUUGUCUUAAUUACAUGAAACUAAGCUUUAAAAUAUUUUAUAACAAAUUAUUUGAGCUGCAUAAUCUAAACAUGUCAAACGUUCAGUGGGACUAUUUUUAUAUAUGUAUAUGUGGUGGUAGGUCAUAACAUUUCAGUUUAUAAUAUAAAUUGUUAUUUCAGUUUAUAAUAUAAAUUGUUAUUUCAGUUUAUAAGCUAUCUCUCAGAAAAGACUAGCUCUUCUGAGAAUAUAUAAUUUAAAGUUUUAGACUGAAGUAAAACACAACAUAGAUAAUAGUGUAAAUUAGAUAUAAUUGAGGGCUAUAUGGCAGUAAAACUGCUAGUGCCAUUUUCUUGUUUGCCUAUUAUACAUUUUUGAUCUGUUUUUGUACUCUGAACAUUUUUAGGGAUCAUAAAUUCAACCGGAUUAGAGUUGGUUUGGGAAUAAAUAUCUUCUAAAAAAGAUUUAUCUUAAAAAUGAAAAGUCCUGAAAAAUUAGUUUAUCAAGAGCUUAUAAAGUCAAAUAUUCAAUAGGCAUAGGCUGGAUAGAUAAACUCAUGGAAGUCAAAUCCUUUCAGUAUACCAGUAUAACUUCAAUAUUACACACAUAACAUUGAAAGAAUGCCAUCAGCUUUGUUCCCCAUAAUAUUCUUGGAUUUUCUUUUUACAUCUUUGGGGACAAUUACAUUAAAUACUUUUAUUACAGUGUACCAGUAAGGAUUGGAUGUUUGCUUUCUGAAGGAAUGUUCCAGUGAGGUGAUCGGAGAGUUAUUUUCUACCUAACUUGUAUAUGCCCUAUAUAUACCUCUUGGGCAUACUUUGUCUAUAGAAAAAUAUUUUGACCUUUUAGGUACAUUUUGGGCCAGUAGUCAAAUAAUCUUUGGGCCAAUAUAAAAAUCUUAGAAUAAUUUAAGGUUUGCCUUUUAUACCUGUUUUGAAAGCCUUUACAUUUUUGUCAGGUAAUUUUUCCCAAGCCAUGGAUAUAACUAUUCAGACAUGUUUAUGCUAUCCAUUCUGUUUUUAAAUUGAAAAAAAAAUGUUAAAAGUGUUUAUGAAGAAAAGUUUAAAUAAAAUAUUUUUAAUCUUUAAA